AUGUCUCACCUAAUACUAGUAGCUUGCUUUCUUUUAUUCAUUUUAUCUCAUGAUCACCUCGUGUUUGGGGUCGACACUAUCCCCGCUAACAGUCCUGUAUCUAAGAAUGAACCUCGAGCAUUUUUUGUGUUCGGCGACUCAUUGGUAGACAAUGGAAACAACAAUUUUUUGAUGACAACUGCGCGUGCUGAUUUACCUCCGUACGGGAUUGAUUAUCCAACGCAUCGUCCUAGUGGUCGUUUUUGUAAUGGCAAAAAUAUCCCGGAUCUCAUAGCGGAGGAAAUCGGGGUGGAGCCACUAUUACCGUACUUGGAUCGACAACUAGAUGGUAAAAAGCUUCUAAAUGGUGCCAACUUUGCUUCUGCGGGUAUCGGCAUUCUUAAUGAUACUGGAUUUCAAUUUGUCAACGUCAUUCGGAUGCCAUACCAACUAGCAUUCUUUGAACAAUACCAAAAACGAGUGGCUAAUUUAAUAGGACCCGAGAAGACAAAAAAACUCGUUAACGAGGCCCUGGUUUUGAUCACUUGUGGAGGCAACGAUUUUGUGAACAACUAUUAUUUGGUGCGAAGGUCUUUACGAUCCUUUCAAUAUCAACUCCCCGACUAUGUUAAAUUACUUGUCACCGAGUACGAAAAGAUUCUAAAGAGGCUUUAUGAUCUGGGAGCUCGUAAAGUACUAGUGACCGCUACUGGGCCACUAGGUUGUGCACCGUCCGUAAUGGCAUUGCGUAGUCAGAAAGGGGAAUGUGCGGUUGAGCUACAGGAGGCUGCGAGCUUGUUUAACCCUCAAGUUGUGUCGAUGAUUGGUCUUUUGAACAAGAAGUUGGGGAGUGAUGUCUUUAUUUCCGUAGAAGCACAUCAUUUAUACCAUGAUUUCAUCAAAAAUCCUAAAGCCUUUGGGUUUGAGGUGGGUGGUAAAGCUUGUUGCGGACAAGGACUAUAUAACGGGCUUGGGCUUUGUACAAUGUUAUCAAAUUUGUGCCCGAAUAGGGAUAACUACGUGUACUGGGAUGGCUACCAUCCGACUGAGAGGGCGAACCGGCUCAUCGUGCAAGAAAUAUUCAAUGGCACCAAGUAUAUGAAGCCCAUGAACCUAAGUACCAUCAUGGCUAUAGAUUUCAUGAAAGCAUAGUCAAUACAUUAUUUAUGUUAAAUUAUGGAAUGCAGUGACUCGUACUAGUAUGGUUUAUAAGUUCUUAUUUGCCUUGUAAA